AUGGUCUUCGUACACCACAGGGCCGCUGCUGCUCUUCAUGUUGCUGCCUCCACUCCACUCAUAGCAAUCGGCCAGCUGCCGAGCGUCGCCUUUGCUUCGAAAGUGCUGCAGCAGCAGCAGCAGCAACAGCAGCAACAACAGCAGCAACAGCAGCAGCAGCAGAAGCAGCAGCAGCAGAGAGAUGAAUUGGAGCCAAUCGUCAUACGGUUUAUCGAGUUUCUUCUUGGGGAUGGUCCCUGUCACCCAGUCAAUUAUUCGCUGCGCCUCGCGGCUUCCACUGAUGCACGCACCUGCAGCAGCAGCAGCAGCAGCACUAGCAGCAGCACCAGCAUCAGUAGCAGCAGCAGCACCAGCACCAGCAUCAGUAGCAGCAGCAGCACCAGCAUCAGCAGCAAUAGCAACAGCAGCAGCAUCACUAGCAGCAGCACCACCACCAGCAUCAGCAGCAGCAGCACCACCAGCAUCAGCAGCAGUAGCAACACCAGCAUCAGCAGCAUCAUCAGCAGCAGCAGCAGCAAUAGCAGCAAUAGCAGCAGCAGCAGCAGGAGUAUGAUUACCGUGUGCUGUAGAAGGAUAAGGCCUGCAGGUAUGUUCUCCCGCGAAGAGGAGUUUGCUGCUGACGGGUGCAGCAAGAAGAUCGAGGUCUCUACCGGUCGAACCAACAGGUAG